CCGGCCGCCCCGCGCCUGCGCAGCAGCGUCGGCAGGCUCGGGUUGCAGGCUCCGGGGCGCCAGCUCCUGUCAGUCGGUGGGUCGGUCCUCCCGCCGGCCCUCCCCCUUCCCCGGUCUCCGGGGGAGGCGCGGUGGAGCCCGCCCCCGAGGUCCCCCGAUGGGGGAGAAGCGGCGGCGGCGGCAGUGGAAUAGCCGAGCCGGAGCGUGAGCGGCCCCGGGGCCCCGGUUCCCCGCGGCGGCCAUGGGCGACCCAGCCCCCGCCCGCAGCCUGGACGACAUCGACCUGUCCGCCCUGCGGGACCCCGCUGGAAUCUUCGAGCUGGUGGAAGUGGUUGGCAAUGGCACCUACGGACAGGUGUACAAGGGUCGGCAUGUCAAGACUGGGCAGCUGGCUGCCAUCAAGGUCAUGGACGUCACGGAGGACGAGGAGGAAGAGAUCAAACAGGAGAUCAACAUGCUGAAAAAAUACUCUCACCACCGCAACAUUGCCACCUACUAUGGGGCCUUCAUCAAGAAGAGUCCACCAGGAAGUGACGACCAGCUCUGGCUGGUGAUGGAGUUCUGUGGCGCUGGCUCGGUGACCGACCUGGUGAAGAACACCAAGGGCAACGCGCUGAGGGAGGACUGCAUUGCCUACAUCUGCCGGGAGAUCCUCAGGGGUCUGGCGCAUCUCCACGCACACAAGGUGAUCCAUCGGGACAUCAAGGGCCAGAACGUGCUGCUGACGGAGAAUGCCGAGGUCAAGCUAGUGGAUUUCGGAGUGAGCGCGCAGCUGGACCGCACCGUGGGCAGGCGGAACACUUUCAUUGGGACCCCGUACUGGAUGGCCCCGGAGGUCAUCGCCUGUGAUGAGAACCCAGAUGCCACCUAUGAUUACAGGAGUGACAUUUGGUCUCUAGGGAUCACAGCCAUCGAGAUGGCAGAGGGAGCCCCCCCUCUGUGUGACAUGCACCCCAUGCGAGCCCUCUUCCUCAUCCCCCGGAAUCCCCCACCCCGGCUCAAGUCCAAGAAGUGGUCCAAGAAGUUCAUCGACUUCAUCGACACGUGUCUCAUCAAGACCUACCUGAGUCGCCCGCCCACUGAGCAGCUGCUCAAGUUCCCCUUCAUCCGCGACCAGCCCACGGAGCGGCAGGUCCGCAUCCAGCUCAAGGACCACAUUGACCGGUCCCGGAAGAAGCGGGGUGAGAAAGAGGAGACCGAGUACGAGUACAGCGGCAGCGAGGAGGAGGACGACAGCCACGGGGAGGAGGGGGAGCCGAGCUCCAUCAUGAACGUGCCCGGGGAGUCCACGCUGCGCCGUGAGUUCCUCCGGCUCCAGCAGGAGAACAAGAGCAACUCGGAAGCCCUGAAGCAGCAGCAGCAGGUGCAGCAGCAGCAGCAGCGUGACCCCGAGGCGCACAUCAAGCACCUGCUGCACCAGCGCCAGCGGCGCAUCGAGGAGCAGAAGGAGGAACGGCGGCGCGUGGAGGAGCAACAGCGGCGGGAGCGGGAGCAGCGCAAGCUGCAGGAGAAGGAGCAGCAGCGGCGGCUGGAGGACAUACAAGCGCUGCGGCGGGAGGAGGAGCGGCGGCAAGCCGAGCGGGAGCAGGAGUAUAUCCGGCACAGGCUGGAGGAGGAGCAGCGCCAGCUCGAGGUCCUCCAGCAACAGCUGCUCCAGGAACAGGCCCUCCUGCUGGAGUACAAGCGGAAGCAGCUGGAGGAGCAGCGGCAGUCGGAGCGCCUGCAGAGGCAGCUGCAGCAGGAGCACGCCUACCUCAAGUCCCUGCAGCAGCAGCAGCAGCAGCAGCUCCAGAAGCAGCCACCACCACAGAUCCCGCCAGGCGACAGGAAGCCUCUCUACCACUAUGGCCGGGCCCUCAACCCCACCGCCGACAAGCCCGCCUGGGCCCGAGAGGUGGAAGAGAGAACCAGGAUGAACAAGCAGAACUCCCCCUUGGCCAAGACCAAGCCGAGCAGCACAGGGCCUGAGCCCCCGGCCCCCCAGGCCUCCCCUAGUCCCCCAGGACCCCUGUCCCAGACCCCUCCUAUGCAGAGGCCCGUGGAGCCCCAGGAGGGACCACACAAGAGCCUGGUGGCACACCGGGUCCCACUGAAGCCAUACGCAGCACCUGUACCCCGAUCCCAGUCCCUGCAGGACCAGCCCACCCGAAACCUGGCUGCCUUCCCCGCCUCCCACGACCCAGACCCUGCUGUCACCACACCCACCACCACACCCAGCGCCCGUGGAGCCAUCAUCCGCCAGAAUUCGGACCCCACCUCUGAAGGGCCUGGUCCCAGCCCCAACCCCCCAGCCUGGGCCCGGCCAGACAAUGAGGCCCCACCCAAGGUGCCUCAAAGGACCUCAUCCAUUGCCACUGCCCUUAAUACCACCAGUGGGGCCGCAGGGUCCCGGCCAGCGCAGGCAGUCCGUGCCAGACCUCGCAGCAACUCCGCCUGGCAGAUCUACCUGCAGAGGCGGGCAGAGCGGGGUGCCCCCAAACCUCCAGGGUCCCCUGCUCAACCCCCUGGCCCGCCCAACGCCUCUAGUAACCCUGACCUCAGGAGGAGCGAUCCUGGCUGGGAGCGCUCGGACAGCGUCCUCCCAGCCUCCCACAGCCACCUGCCACAGGCUGGCUCGCUGGAGCGCAACCGGGUGGGAGCCACCACCAAACUGGACAGCUCCCCAGUGCUAGUCCCCGGGAACAAAGCCAAGCCCGACGACCACCGCUCUCGCCCAGGCCGGCCUGCAAGCUAUAAGCGAGCAAUCGGUGAGGAUUUUGUGUUGCUCAAAGAGCGGACCCUGGACGAGGCUCCACGGCCACCCAAAAAAGCCAUGGACUACUCGUCGUCCAGCGAGGAAGUGGAGAGCAGUGAUGACGACGAGGAAGAGGGCGAGGGCGAGCCCUCGGAGGGCAGCAGAGACACCCCCGGGGGCCGCAGUGACGGGGACACGGACAGCGUCAGCACCAUGGUGGUCCACGACGUGGAGGAGAUAGCCGGGACCCAGCCCCCGUAUGGGGGCGGCACCAUGGUAGUCCAGCGUACCCCUGAGGAGGAGCGUGGCCUGCUGCAUUCGGACAGCAACGGCUACACGAACCUGCCUGACGUGGUCCAGCCCAGCCACUCGCCCACCGAGAGCAGCAAAGGGCAGAGCCCCCCAUCAAAGGAUGCAGGCAGUGAGUACCAGUCCCGUGGUCUGGUCAAGGCCCCUGGCAAGAGCUCAUUCACGAUGUUUGUGGAUCUGGGGAUUUACCAGCCUGGAGGCACUGGGGACACCAUUCCCAUCACAGCCCUGGUCGGGGGAGAAGGAGGCCGGCUGGAUCAACUGCAGUAUGACGUGCGGAAGGGCUCCGUGGUCAACGUGAACCCCACUAACACACGGGCCCACAGUGAGACCCCCGAGAUCCGCAAGUACAAGAAGCGCUUCAACUCAGAGAUCCUGUGCGCAGCACUGUGGGGGGUCAACCUGCUGGUGGGGACGGAAAAUGGGCUAAUGCUGCUGGACCGCAGCGGGCAGGGCAAGGUGUACGGGCUCAUUGGGCGGCGCCGCUUCCAGCAGAUGGACGUGCUGGAGGGGCUCAACCUGCUCAUCACCAUCUCAGGGAAAAGGAACAAACUGCGGGUGUAUUACCUGUCCUGGCUCCGGAACAAGAUCCUGCACAACGACCCAGAAGUGGAGAAGAAGCAGGGCUGGACCACUGUGGGGGACAUGGAGGGCUGCGGGCACUACCGCGUUGUGAAAUAUGAGCGCAUCAAGUUCCUGGUCAUCGCCCUCAAAAACUCUGUGGAGGUGUACGCCUGGGCCCCCAAGCCCUACCACAAGUUCAUGGCCUUCAAGUCCUUCGCUGACCUCCCUCACCGCCCUCUGCUGGUUGACCUGACAGUCGAGGAGGGGCAGCGGCUCAAGGUCAUCUACGGUUCCAGCGCCGGCUUCCACGCCGUGGACGUCGACUCGGGGAACAGCUAUGACAUCUAUAUCCCUGUGCACAUCCAGAGCCAGAUCACGCCCCACGCCAUCAUCUUCCUGCCCAACACAGACGGCAUGGAGAUGCUGCUGUGUUACGAGGACGAGGGCGUCUACGUCAACACAUAUGGGCGGAUCAUCAAGGACGUGGUGCUGCAGUGGGGAGAGAUGCCCACCUCCGUGGCCUAUAUCUGCUCCAACCAGAUCAUGGGCUGGGGCGAGAAAGCCAUCGAGAUCCGCUCCGUGGAGACGGGGCACCUGGACGGGGUCUUCAUGCACAAGCGAGCCCAGAGACUCAAGUUCCUGUGCGAGCGGAAUGAUAAGGUGUUCUUUGCCUCUGUCCGCUCCGGGGGCAGCAGCCAAGUUUACUUCAUGACUCUGAACCGGAACUGCAUCAUGAACUGGUGACAGGGCCAUGGGCUGGGCUACCCCCCGUGGACCCAGCCCUCCCCGCACCUCCCGCCGCCCCGCUUUCCCUCCCUGGGCUUUUUUGCUUUUACUGGUUUGAUUCACUGGAGCCUGCUGGGAACGUGACCUCUAACCCUUUUCCUCCCCUGCCCGCUUUUGUGAUCACGUGACCAUCCUGAUCCCCCUCCCCUCCCCAGAGGUUCUCUCCCCCCAGAACUGUGCCUGUCCCCAACACAUGGGGAGCGACACAGCUUUCCCAACCAGGAAUCGAGUGGGCCUUGCUCUUCCUCCCCUGGGGAGGAGAGUGCUGGGGGCCUGGCCCCCUUACCCACUGCUGCUGACUGGGCAGGGCACCGGACCCCUGGAUUUGCACGUUAGGGGAGCCGGCUCCCCCCUUGAAUGUACCAGACUCUGGGGGGGUGUCACUGGGCCCCAGGUUUAGGGGAGUCUCCAGCCAUUCCAUGGGCAGGGACCACUUCCUCAUUUUUCUGAAAGCACUUUAAUGAUUCCCUCCCCUCAGACCCCAGGGGAUGGAGGGGGAACCCCCGUCAGCCAAAACAUUCCUUACCCCCCUUCCUGACCCCCUCUGCCCCAGCCUCUCCCUCGGUGGAGGGUGGGAGCAGGGCACUCCUGUCCUGACCCCCCACGCUUGCAGCUGUAUAUAGUGUGAGCAGCAAGUACCCCCUUCCCCCCAGUGUAGUGGCCUUGGACCUCCCGUUUGUUAAUAAAGACAAUUCAACCAGC